AUGGAGCACCAAGAUGAUGACAAUGAUGAUGUGUCUUUUGCCAAAUGGAUGAGCAGCUUCUGGGGUCACAGCUGGAUAGAGGAGGAUGAGAGAGGACUCCGGGACCGCCAUGGAUCACAAGACUCCAGUUACAGGAAAACCUCCCUGCCCUGCCCAUUUCCUGUGCUUCCCAGCAUGAUGUCAUCUGACAGCCAUCCUAGAAGGCAUUCUUAUGAGGACCAGGGAUUUCAAUGCCAUACUCACAUGCGGGAUUACAGAAAAUGCUCCGGGGAUGGGUCAUUCAAGGAGCCACUGGAAUCAAAAAGAAGAUCCCAUUCCAAAAUUCAGGCAUUUUCAGAGUCCUCUGAACAGCAACUCUGCUUUAGAACCAAACGCUCUGUCUCUUCGGGACCUGAGAGCAGAAAGGAGAGAAAUGAGAGAGAAUGCCAGGCACUGGAAAUGAGGUCUUGCAAGAAAGCGGAGGAAAGAAGGAGCUCUGGGAAGGAAGAGCGUGGAGAAGCGUACCUGCCCGCCCUGUCUGAAAAGGGGCCCAAAUAGUACUUUGUUUCCACACCAUGACUACUGAUGCUGCUGUGUUUCUUUGAGC